AAAACCCUAGAGGAAACCGUGGUCGACCACGUCUUAUAUCUCGCUCGCUCGCUUCCCCGCACUCCAUUUACAUCCGAGUAGUCUGCACCCAAGCUCUGAGGUGUUAAUUUAAUUCUUGGAGGAAGUCCUCUUGGCAAAUCCUUUCCAUUUUCGUGCCAUUUAAAGGCUAACCAAGAUGGUGAAGUUCACAGCAGAUGAGCUUCGGAGGAUUAUGGACUACAAACACAACAUCCGCAAUAUGUCGGUUAUUGCGCAUGUUGAUCAUGAUGAUGCAAAAUUAAAUUUUUUAAGGGGAAGGCCUGCUGCAGUAGCUUGUUGCUGGGGCCUCCAAGUGAUGAGCGUUGACCAUACAGUGCACUACUGCACAGGCCGGCUACACCCCACAAAAAAUGGAAGAAAAGCUCUUGUUUUAUGAUUUUUUUCAUGCAUGGCAUAUAAUUGAAUAAUGUUACAAUGUUUUGUUGGAUACUGGUCUAAUGAUGUAUUUAAUAAAAUAAAAUUUCAGGGAAGUCUACACUUACUGAUUCUCUCGUGGCUGCUGCUGGUAUCAUUGCACAAGAAGUUGCGGGUGAUGUCCGGAUGACGGAUACCCGUGCGGAUGAGGCAGAACGUGGCAUCACAAUUAAAUCCACUGGUAUCUCUCUCUAUUAUGAGAUGACCGAUGAGGCUCUGAAGAGCUACAAGGGCGAGCGAAAAGGGAAUGAGUACCUCAUCAAUCUCAUUGACUCCCCCGGGCACGUUGACUUCUCAUCGGAGGUCACAGCUGCUCUUCGCAUUACUGAUGGUGCCCUUGUGGUCGUUGAUUGUGUUGAAGGUGUUUGUGUCCAAACAGAAACUGUACUCCGACAGGCCUUGGGAGAAAGGAUUAGGCCUGUCUUGACUGUUAACAAAAUGGACAGGUGUUUCCUUGAGCUCCAGGUUGAUGGUGAGGAGGCUUACCAAACAUUCCAGAGGGUUAUUGAGAAUGCAAAUGUCAUCAUGGCUACAUACGAAGAUCCCCUCUUGGGUGAUGUUCAGGUUUAUCCCGAGAAGGGGACAGUUGCCUUCUCCGCUGGUUUGCACGGUUGGGCUUUUACUCUGACCAAUUUUGCCAAGAUGUAUGCCUCCAAAUUUGGAGUGGAUGAGGGCAAGAUGAUGGAACGGCUCUGGGGUGAAAACUUCUUUGACCCAGCUACAAAGAAAUGGACCAGCAAGAACACUGGGUCUCCUACCUGCAAGCGUGGUUUUGUUCAGUUCUGCUAUGAACCUAUCAAGCAGAUAAUCAACAUUUGCAUGAAUGAUCAGAAGGGCAAGCUGUGGCCAAUGUUGCAGAAACUUGGUGUCACCAUGAAGUCAGAGGAGAAGGAUUUAAUGGGAAAGGCAUUGAUGAAACGUGUCAUGCAGACCUGGCUGCCAGCUAGUAGUGCCCUGUUGGAAAUGAUGAUAUUUCACCUUCCGUCUCCUGGCACGGCUCAAAAGUAUCGUGUUGAGAACUUGUAUGAGGGUCCCCUCGAUGAUAUUUAUGCUAAUGCCAUCAGAAACUGUGAUCCCGAGGGCCCUCUAAUGCUCUAUGUAUCAAAAAUGAUUCCUGCAUCUGAUAAGGGUAGGUUCUUUGCCUUUGGUCGGGUGUUUGCUGGUAAGGUCUCGACUGGGCUGAAAGUUAGAAUCAUGGGUCCCAACUAUGUGCCCGGGGAAAAGAAGGACUUGUAUGUUAAGAGUGUGCAGAGAACUGUUAUCUGGAUGGGGAAGAAGCAGGAAACAGUAGAGGACGUGCCUUGCGGUAACACGGUCGCCUUGGUUGGGUUGGAUCAGUAUAUCACCAAGAAUGCUACUUUGACAAAUGAGAAGGAAGUUGAUGCACACCCAAUCCGUGCCAUGAAGUUCUCUGUAUCGCCUGUCGUGCGUGUGGCUGUUCAAUGCAAGGUUGCAUCUGACCUUCCAAAGCUUGUUGAAGGACUGAAACGUUUGGCAAAGUCGGAUCCUAUGGUUGUCUGUUCUAUUGAAGAGUCCGGAGAGCACAUCAUAGCUGGUGCUGGCGAACUCCACCUUGAGAUCUGUUUGAAGGAUUUGCAGGAUGAUUUCAUGGGUGGUGCAGAGAUUAUCAAGUCUGAUCCUGUUGUAUCCUUCCGUGAGACAGUCCUUGAGAAGUCUUCCCGUACUGUGAUGAGCAAGUCACCCAACAAGCACAACCGUUUGUACAUGGAAGCACGUCCCUUGGAAGAGGGGCUUGCAGAGGCCAUUGAUGAUGGCCGUAUCGGUCCAAGGGAUGAUCCUAAAGUUCGUUCCAAAAUCUUGUCUGAGGAGUUUGGUUGGGAUAAGGAUCUUGCGAAGAAAAUUUGGUGUUUUGGCCCGGAGACUACUGGCCCGAAUAUGGUAGUGGAUAUGUGCAAGGGAGUUCAGUACCUGAAUGAAAUUAAGGAUUCUGUUGUGGCCGGGUUUCAGUGGGCUUCCAAGGAAGGUGCAUUGUGUGAAGAAAACAUGAGAGGUAUCUGCUUUGAAGUCUGUGAUGUGGUUCUUCACGCUGAUGCCAUCCACAGAGGUGGUGGUCAGGUCAUUCCAACUGCUAGGAGGGUUAUAUAUGCUUCCCAGCUGACUGCUAAACCCAGGCUUCUUGAACCUGUGUACUUGGUGGAGAUACAAGCUCCUGAACAGGCACUUGGUGGUAUCUACAGUGUUCUUAACCAGAAACGUGGGCAUGUGUUUGAGGAAAUCCAGAGGCCUGGUACUCCUCUUUACAACAUCAAGGCAUACCUGCCUGUCAUUGAAUCUUUCGGAUUCUCAAGUACGUUGAGGGCUGCAACCUCAGGGCAAGCUUUCCCUCAAUGUGUCUUCGAUCACUGGGACAUGAUGUCAUCUGAUCCAUUGGAAGCUGGAUCACAGGCUGCGCAGCUUGUAACAGACAUUCGCAAGAGGAAGGGAUUGAAGGAGCAGAUGACCCCACUUUCCGAGUUCGAAGACAAGCUAUAAAAUUCGUCUCAUCAUUCUUGAUCAAGUCGUUUUAUCCGAGGAUACUAGGAUUGCAUGGGAUCAUCCCUUGCUCGCUUGCACUUGUUUUUUUUUUCGUCGAAGUAAUGGGCCCAAUUGGAGUCAGCCUUCAUUAUUUAUAUCUUGUUUGAUCUUUGAAUACUUUUUUCGAGGAGAGGAUGUAAUUCGCUAUUGAAUUACAUUACUAUGUUUUGACGGUGCGUUCCUUGUAUGCAAAUUGACUUUGCCUUUCGUUUGAGAUUUACUCUUUCUUUUUU